AUGGCUGAAGCUCACUCGGCCGUAGCCUUCUCGUUUGCCAUCACUCAUGAUGGUUGGGACGUCAACUUUGACCGCGAGGUGCUGUACCUGGUCUGGGAGUCCGGGCUACGCUCCUGGAACAAACGUCUGGCUCGGUUUCGAAACAGCAUUCAUAACGGUGUGUACCCCGGCCACCUCCAGUCCUUGUAUUUCUUAUGGACGGUACUAGCGGCUGCUCAUUUCGCCGGGUUCCAUGUACCCUUCGGUCUCGUUCACAAAGCGCUCGUCGUGCUGCCCGGGGAGUCCGCGCCGUGGCAGGUGGUGGCCUGUCUCCUGGCCGCUCUGUCCAUGUGGCUGUCCGUCAUCUUCCUCAUGCGCUACCUGCUCAAGCUGCUUCUUAUGUACAAGGGCUGGAUGUACGAGUCCCGUGCCCCCGGGUCCCGCGUGUCCCUGCGGACCGCUCUAUGGGCCAGCGUGGUGCGCGUGUUGUCAGGGUGGAACAAGCCCCGCCUGUACAGCUUCCAGGGCUCGCUGCCCCGGCUGCCCCUGCCGGCCGUGCGCGACACCACCCGCCGCUACCUGGCCAGCGUGCGGCCGCUCCUUACAGACGAGGACUUCGAGCGUGUGCGCGCCCUGGCCGACGACUUCGAGCGGACCAUCGCCGUCAAGUUGCAGUGGUACCUGGUACUCAAGUCGUGGUGGUCCAGUAACUACGUGUCCGACUGGUGGGAGGAGUACGUGUACCUCCGCGGCCGGUCCCCGCUCAUGGUCAACUCUAACUUCUACGGCACGGACACCCUGCUGCGGCCCACGGGCGUGCAGGCGGCGCGCGCGGCCACCAUCAUACACUACUGUCUCCGGUUCAGAAGACUCAUCGAGCGCCAGGAGCUCGAACCUAUAAUGCUCCAAGGCAUGGUCCCGCUGUGCUCGUGGCAGUACGAGCGUCUGUUCAACACGGUCCGCGUGCCGGGGCUCGAGUCGGACCGCAUCGUACACUACCGGGACUCGACGCACGUGAGCGUGCAUCACCGCGGGAAAUAUUACAAGAUGAUGGUGUACUCGCGCGGGAGACUGCUCAACCCGGCAGAGAUACAGCUACAGCUCCAGCAGAUCUUAUCGGACACUACUCCUUGCGCGGAGGGAGAGGCGCGCCUGGCGGCCCUCACGGCCGGCGAGCGGUCACACUGGGCGCAGGUCAGACAGUCACUGUUCCAACGAGGACACAACAGGACCUCCUUACACGCCAUCGAACGAGCCGCCUUCCACGUCUCACUCGAUGACAUCGAGUACGGCUUCGACGAGAGCGACCAGUCUAAACUGGAUCAAUACGGACACAUCCUGUUACACGGAAACGGAAACGACCGAUGGUUCGACAAGUCCUUCAACCUGUGUUUCAGCACCAACGGUUCAGUCGGCUUCAACACGGAACACACUUGGGCGGACGCUCCCGUCAUGGGUCACCUGUGGGAGUACGUGUUGUGGUCGGAGCUCCAGCUGGGUUACUCUGAGUCCGGGGACGCUCUAGGUCCGGUCCCCUCCCCCCCGCCCCCUCCCGUCCGUCUCCAGUGGGAGCUGUCCCCCGCCCUGCUCUCCGCCGUGGACGUGUCCUACAAGCUCGCCAGGGAGCUGCUGCAGGACGUAGACCUGCGCAUCCUGAUGUACACCGACUACGGCAAGGGUUUCAUGAAGAAGUGUCGCGUGUCUCCGGACGCGUUCAUCCAGAUGGUGCUGCAGCUGACGUACUACCGCACGGCGGGUCGGUUCUGUCUCACGUACGAGGCCUCCAUGACCCGCCUGUACCGCGAGGGCCGCACCGAGACCGUCCGCUCCUGCACCAACGAGAGCUGUGCCUGGGUCCGCUCCAUGGCCGACCCUGACUCCUCGAUCCAGCAGCGUAUGGAACUGUUCCUGAAGGCGGCCCAGCGUCACCAGCUCGGCUACCAGGACGCCAUGGCCGGACGCGGUAUCGACCGACACCUGUUCUGUCUCUACAUCGUGUCCAAGUACCUCGAGCUCGAGUCACCCUUCCUCCAGGAGGUGUUCAAUGAACCCUGGCGCCUCUCCACCAGCCAGACCCCGCACGGACAAACUAAUCUGUUGGACCUUAAGAAGUAUCCCAAGUGUGUGAGCGCGGGCGGUGGGUUCGGUCCGGUGGCUGACGACGGGUACGGUGUGUCCUACAUUAUCGCCGGUGAGGACACGUUGUUCUUCCACGUGUCCAGCAAGAAGAGUUGUCCGCUCACCAGCUCCUCGAAGUUCGUGUCGCAAAUUAAGAACUCCUUGAAAGACAUUCACGACCUCUACGUCGAAUACAACAAACUUCAGAACGGACUGAAGAGUAAAUAA